UGCUCCUUGUUCUGUAGAUCUCUAUCACCUUCUAGGCUUCAACUCCUGUUUCUCAUUUCUCCUGCCGCUGAAGAAGAAGAGUUUAGGGAUCCCCGCAAACCCACCAGCUUCUUUUCAUCCUCCUCCCCCUUCCCAUUAUUCUUCUUCUUCUUUCUUCCUCCUCUGCCAGCCUCUUAUUCUUUCGUUUCCCUUUACUCGUUAUUGAGUUUAAAUGGCUCAAUUAACAGCAUUAUUACUGCCACUAUUAACGCUUGUAUUAUCAUUACAAGGAGUAAUUUCAACCACCUUCACCUUAAUAAACAAGUGCGAGCAAACGGUAUGGCCUGGCAUUCUCUCUAACGCUGGUGUUCCCUCACUGUCCACCACUGGUUUCAGUCUCCAAACGGGCGAGUCCAAGACCAUCACGGCGCCCACCUCCUGGGGCGGUCGCUUUUGGGGCCGUACCCUCUGCUCCAAAGACUCUACCGACAAGUUCUCCUGCGUCACAGGUGAUUGCGGCUCCGGGAAAAUCGAAUGCUCAGGCAAUGGAGCCGCUCCACCCGCUACCUUGGCCGAGUUCACGCUCGAUGGCUCCGGUGGCCUCGAUUUCUUCGAUGUCAGCUUGGUCGAUGGAUACAACCUCCCUAUGCAGGUCGUCCCUCAGGGUGGCACCGGUCAGAACUGUACGACUACCGGAUGCAUCUCCGAUCUCAACGAUUCUUGCCCAUCGGAGCUUAAGGUCACGAGCGCCGAGGCCGACGGCAACGUGGCUUGCAAGAGCGCUUGUGAGGCGUUUGGCCAGCCGCAAUACUGUUGCAGCGGCGCGUAUGCUACACCAGACACCUGCAAGCCAUCGACAUACUCCCAGAUCUUCAAAAGCGCGUGCCCGCACGCUUACAGCUAUGCGUACGAUGACAGGACCAGCACUUUCACGUGCGCAUCGGCGGAUUAUACGAUUACCUUCUGCCCCACCGCCAACACCAGCCAAAAAUCUUCUCAAGGGCAGGCCACGCCAACACCAACGACAACUACAGGCUUGCCGUCCAUCAACGGCACGAUGAUCUACGAAGGCUCAUUAGACGAGAGCGGUGCAUCGCCGUCCACGCGUGCCCACGCGUUGAGAUCCUAUGGCAUUGCGGGUGCGGUCAGCAUCACGGUGGCAAUUUGGCAGCUGUGGCAGCUCUUCUAAGUUCUAACUCCUUCGCUGACUUUGCCACAGGCAGGCCCAUAAGAGUCCGAGUUAGUUUGCCACAUGCCACUUUUAGCCCAAAAUAUAGGUGGCGUAGUGGGCGCAACGGUUCAUUACCUUCUCCUCCCGAAACGUCAUGGGCUAUGUGAUGUGAUGUGAUGCAAUGUGACGUUUAUAGAGACCAUAGGUUGGCCCUGGUGACGAGGAUAUGAGUCAAGAUGAAAAAGAAGCGACGCAAAUAUCUGUAGUGCAGGGAUGGGACUUUUAUUUUUUAAUUUUUGGUGGCGGUGGUGACGAGAGAAGUGCAUCGUUAAUCUUGUUAGGCUAAGAAAUUGUUUGGAAUCCACUGUUAUAUAUCAUUAAGGUGGGGGGGAUUCAUUUGUUUUAAGUGUCGAUUAUUUUUUUGUCACCACCACCGCAUUUGGUGCCAAAUAUAUAUGAGUUUAAAAUAAAAACGACAAAAAUAAAAUCA